AUUGUCACCACCAUCAAGAAUGUAACCCUGCAGCUGUUGAGCAACUCUGAGAAAUCAGCACCGACACCGAGUAAGAAGGAAGAGGAAGAGGAGGAAGAGGAGGUCAAACCACAGCAGAACGUUCAUGUGAAUGGAGAAAGAGAAGAGGAAGUCAAAGAGGAAGAGAAGGAGGAAGUACAUGCGGCUCAAUCUGAGUCUCAACCACUCGGCAAGGACCAGAAGGACGAGGAAGUAUCGGAAAAGAUGGAAACGGUUCCUGCGUCAGAAACACAAAAUCAGUCAGAAGCUUUAGAGUCCAUGAAAAUCCAUCAGGGUACAGCCACUGAAUCCAAACCAGCGGAGGAGGCAGCAGAUUCAGAAGCACAGCAGGAGGCGGUACCAUGCUCUGCUCCUCCUGCUGCUCCUACAGAAGAGGACGACACCAGUAAAACUCCAGAUCCACCAGGAGGAUCUGAGGAGAGUUCAACACCUGAGAUGGCACAAGAAACUGAAGAACACAACGCUGUGGUGAACAGUGAGACGGAGAAGAACAAGGAUGAUGAAGAGCAUCCAGAAGAAACCAAUGGUGAUACUCAGAAAGGCCUUGGCCCGCCCACAAACCCUCCUCCACCACCAAAAGCACAGAACAGCCCACGGCAGGACACAGGGUGAGUGGGUAGAGAAUAUUCCUGUUUUUUUAACACUAAAAGAGAAUAAGUUGUAGUUGUCAUCAUUUAUGUCAGUAUGUUCUUAUUUUAUGGGUCUGACCCACUUUAGAUUGAACU